AUAGUCCGUCUCUCUACCAUAUUUAACAAAAACAUAAUUCCUCGAGAAAGUUUCUCCACUUUUUAUAGAGUUUUCCUUUAAAUUUAUCUAAAAGUCGACGCCGGUGAAUGGGUUCGUCUUCGUCGUCGCUUAACAAGUCCCCGUUUAGAACAGACAACAUGGUAACACCAGAGUCUCCCACGAAACAUAUUAGUUCAGUGCAGAAAAACGACGCCGUCGUCUCGAUCGUAGCUAAUUCGUCUCCUUCCACCAAGAAAACCUUCGAAUCGCCGAGAAAGAGUACAACAUCGAUUCCUCCGGUGGCUUCUCCGGCCGUCAAAUCUCGGUGGUCGUUUUCUUCUUCUAAGAAAAGCUUCGGAAGUAAAGAUGAAACUUUCUUUGAUACGCAGCAGCAGUGGCUACAAUCUGACUCGGACGAUGAUUUCCACAGCGUUAAUGGCGAUUUCACACCAUCGCGUGGAAACACUCCAAAGUGCAGCUUCUCGGACAGGCCUCCUCGUAUCCAAAGCCUUAUAUUCCACGAGAGGAAGUCUUCUCGUGGCUCUUCUCCAGCGCCAAGACCGAGGAGGAAGAAGCUUGGUGAGCUUUUCAGAGAUAGUAUUAGAGAACAACCAGUGGAAAGCUCUGGAGCGUCAUCAUCUCUCAGCUCUCCUUACCUCUCGGGUGUAAACUCAGGGGAACUCAACAACACGGCCAUUGAAGACAUUAGCGUGAAGGAAGAGAAGAAGAAGAAGAAGUCUAACUGGCAGCAUCAUCGAUGUCUUCCUGGUUUCUCAUCAUGUGGUGGAAGUUUCAUCGAGAGGAGAAAGAAGUUGAACUCUGAAACUGGGGUUGUUAAUGGGAAAUAAGAUGUAGAGAAUAAUAAUAACGUUUUGUAUAUGAAAAGAUGAGAAAGAGAUAUCAGAGUAAAAAGCUCUGAUAAUUUUUUUACAGGGUA